AUGGUUGUGUCCCUGUAUGUGGAUGACUUGCUGGUGACAGAAGGAGACUUAAGCAUUAUUUCAAAAUUUAAAGAGAAUAUGCAGUGUGAAUUUGAAAUGGCAAACUUAGGUGUGAUGACAUAUUUUCUGGGAAUAGAGUUUAAUCAAUUUAAGGAUGGCAUUUUUAUUUCUCAAAGCAAAUAUGCUUCUGAUUUGCUUGAGAAGUUUAAUAUGCAGAAUUGCAAAACUGUGACCAUUCCUCUAGUUGCCAAUGAAAAGUAUAAGGACAAGGAAUCCAAUGAUUUUGUAGAAGUCACUAGUUAUAGAAGCUUAAUUGGAAGUCUUUUGUAUUUAUCAUCCACUAGACCUGACAUAAUGUUCUCUACCUCUUUGCUAUCAAGAUUCAUGCAGUCACCUAAGUUAAUUCACAUGAGGGUUGCUAAAAGAGUCUUGAGAUACAUUAGAGGGACAGCAGAGUUUGGACUGUGGUUUUCGAAAUCUCAAAGUUGUGAUGUUAUUGGUUACUCGGACAGUGACUGGGUUAAAAGUCUUUCAAAUUCAAAGAGCACUUCAGGUUAUUGUUUUUCACUUGGAAGUGUUGUCUUUUGUUGGAAUUCAAAGAAACAAGCUGUAGUUGCCCAAUCUUCAACUGAAGCUGAAUACAUAGCAGCUUCAAAUGCCUCAAACCAAGCUAUUUGGCUGAAGAAGUUACUCACUGACCUUGGACAAAUACAGAACAAUGGGAUUGUGCUUCAUAUUGACAACAAUGCUACCAUAGCCAUCACUCAAAAUCCAGUUUAUUAUGGCUGA